AUGUCUGAUGCGGAGGUCGUUGAACCGAAGAAGGGCCGUGGACGCCCACCCAAUCCGGACAAGAACAGUGUCGCACCGAAGAAGCGAGCCCGCGCACUCUCACCGAAAGAGUCGAAGGUAGCAGCUGAGGAACGCGAAAAGGAGAAAACGGUUGUGUCGGACGAUGGUGAGGAACCGUCCCCGAAGCGGGGCCGGGGCCGACCGAAGGGAAGCACCAAGAAGGUGGCUAAAUCGGCGAAAAAGGCACCGGUCGCACCGGUCGGCCGGGGCCGGGGCCGCGGCCGCAAGAAACCGGUGAAGGAGGAAUCGUCCGAGGAGGAGGAAGACGAGGACGAGGAUGAGGAUGACGAGCCGGAGGAUAGCGAGGGCAAUGAGGAAAAUUAUGAAAAUGAGGAAUCCGAUUCGUAA